AAGGAUGCUCCGUGUGCCGGCUCUCGCGCGCUCCCUGCGCCCCGUGACGCGUGCCCUGGCGCCCCCCCGGGGAACCCGCGCCUACGCCAAGGAUGUCCGCUUCGGCAGCGAGGCCCGCGCCCUCAUGCUGCAGGGCGUGGACCUCCUCGCCGACGCCGUCGCCGUCACCAUGGGGCCCAAGGGCCGCACGGUCAUCAUCGAGCAGAGCUGGGGCAGCCCCAAGGUGACCAAGGAUGGCGUAACGGUGGCCAAAGCCAUCGAGCUCAAGGACCGGUUCAAGAACAUCGGCGCCAAGCUGGUGCAGGACGUCGCCAACAACACCAACGAGGAGGCCGGAGAUGGAACCACCACCGCCACGGUGCUGGCGCGCGCCAUUGCCAAGGACGGCUUCGAGAAGAUCAGCAAGGGCGCCAACCCCGUGGAGAUCCGCAGAGGAGUCAUGCUGGCCGUAGAGGCGGUGGUGGCUGAGCUGAAGAAACUCUCCAAGCCUGUAACGACGCCCGAGGAGAUAGCACAGGUGGCCACCAUCUCGGCGAACGGGGACAAGGAAAUCGGAAACCUCAUCUCGGACGCGAUGAAGAAAGUUGGGCGCAAGGGCGUCAUCACCGUCAAGGAUGGUAAAACCCUGCACGACGAGCUCGAGAUUAUCGAGGGACUGAAGUUUGACCGCGGCUACAUCUCCCCCUACUUCAUCAACUCGGCAAAGGGCCAGAAGUGCGAGUUCCAGGACGCGUUCCUGCUGAUCAGCGAGAAGAAGAUCUCGAGCGUGCAGUCCAUCGUGCCGGCGCUGGAGCUGGCCAACGCGCAGCGCAAGCCGCUCGUCAUCAUCGCCGAGGAUGUGGACGGGGAAGCGCUCAGCACCCUCGUGCUCAACCGACUCAAGGUCGGACUCCAGGUCUGCGCCGUCAAGGCCCCGGGCUUCGGGGACAACCGCAAGAACACUCUCAAGGACCUGGCGGUGGCGACCGGCGGCACCGUGUUUGGCGACGAGGCGCUGUCCGUGAACGUGGAGGACGUGCAGCUGCACGACUUUGGGCGCGUGGGCGAGGUGACCAUCACCAAGGACGACACGAUGGUGCUCAAGGGCAAGGGCGAGCGCGCCGCCAUCGAGAAGCGCAUCGAGGAGAUCGUGGAGCAGCUGGAGGCCACGACGAGCGACUACGAGAAGGAGAAGCUCAACGAGCGGCUCGCCAAGCUCUCUGACGGGGUCGCCGUGCUCAAGGUGGGCGGCACGAGCGACGUGGAGGUGAACGAGAAGAAGGACCGCGUGACGGACGCGCUGAACGCGACGCGCGCCGCCGUGGAAGAGGGCAUCGUGCUGGGCGGGGGCUGCGCGCUGCUGCGCUGCCUUCCCGCGCUCGACGCCAUCGCCCCCGCCAACAGCGACCAGCAGAUCGGCAUCGAGAUAAUCCGCAACGCGCUGCGCGUGCCGGCGAUGACGAUCGCACGCAACGCGGGCGUGGAGGGCUCCCUCAUCGUGGAGAAGAUCCUGCAGUCGGCCAACGACAUCGGCUACGACGCCAUGACGGGCGAGUUCGUCAACAUGGUGGAGAAGGGCAUCAUCGACCCCACCAAGGUGGUGAGGACGGCGCUGGUGGACGCGGCCGGCGUGGCGUCGCUGCUCGCCACGGCCGAAGCGGUCGUCACGGAGAUCCCCAAGGAGGAGAAGGCGGCCGGGAUGGGGGGCGGCGGCGGCAUGGGGGGCAUGGGGGGCAUGGGGGGCGGAGACAUGUUCUGAGCGCAGCGCGGUGACCCGAGGCGAACGACAUCGGCGACAUCGACGACGACAGCAGCUCGAGAGACGCGUGGACACGCGGGGCGGCGGCACCGCGCUCUCCGCUCGUCCCCUCUCCCGGCCCCGGCAGCCAGACUGUGAAGACAAACAUUCGCCCGCUCUCCCCUUUUCUAAUAAAACCCCGAGUUCAAAAAUG